UGCAGCUUUGGGCCUAAAGUAGUGUUGCGAUCGGAGCGGGGAAGGAAGGCGACUAGAAACAAUGGCAAUGGCGGCUACUGCAGCGGGAGGAACCGGCUCAGGCGGCACCGCAGUUACCGUGCAAGGGGGUAGUGGCGCCUCAGCACUCGGCGUAGGCAGGAAAAAAGAUGGGGGGCCGCCUGUGAAGUACUGGGAGAGCGCGGAGACGAUUUCCCAACUUGAGUCGGUGCGGGUUUGGACCGGGAAGCAUUACAAAAAGUACAUUCAGGCUGACUCCCCCACCAAUAAAACGCUUGCAGGUCUGGUGGUGCAACUGCUGCAGUUCCAAGAAGAUGCCUUUGGGAAACGUAUCAACAACCCGGCGCUCACCAAACUGCCGGCAAAGACCUUCCUGGACUUCAAGGCAGGAGGUGCCUUGUGUCACAUCCUGGGGUCAGUCUACAAAUUCAAGAGUGAGCAGGGCUGGCGAAGGUUUGAUUUGCAGAACCCGUCCCGGAUGGACAGAAAUGUUGAGAUGUUCAUGACUGUUGAGAAAACACUGGUACAGAACAACUGUCUGACCAGGCCUUCUGUCUACCUUGUCCCUGAAAUUGAGCAGAAGCUGGCAACUAAACUAAAGGACAUCAUUAAGCGGCACCAGGGUACUGUUACAGAUGACAAGUCCAAGGCUUCUCACCACAUCUAUCCUGUCCCUUCCUCACUGGAGGAUGAGGAGUGGCUGCGUCCGGUGAUGCGGAAGGACAAACAAGUGCUGGUACACUGGGGGAUGUAUCCGGACAGUUAUGAUACCUGGGUUCCUGCCAGUGAUGUUGAUGGUGAUAUUGAAGAAAACGUGAACCCUGAUAAACCCUGGAAGGUUCAUGCAAAGUGGGUCCUGGACACAGACGCCUUUAAUGAAUGGAUGAACGAGGAAGAUUAUGAAGUAGAUGAGAACAAGAAGUCUGUGAGUUAUCCCAAACGCAUCUCCACCCACAUUCAGGAGUCCUCCCGCACCCCUGAUCGAAAGGAACGGAAAGCAGCUGCUUCUGGGAAAAAGAGGAGACGCUCCCCCUCUCCCCCUCCCACCCCUGCAGAGUCCCGAAAGAAGGGUGGAAAGAAGGGCCAACCCACCCCAAACUGGAAGAGACGCAAUCAGCGUGAGGAGGAGGAGGAACAUGAAGAGGAGGAGGAACAGGAAGACCUGACCAAGGACAUGGAGGACCCCAUCCCUGUCCCCAACAUGGAGGAGGUCGUCCUGCCCAAGAAUGUGAAUCCCAAAAAGGACAGUGAGAAUACCCCAGUGAAGGGGGGCACCGUGGCUGAUCUGGAUGAGCAAGAUGAUGAGCCCACGGUUACCAGCGGGAAGGAGGAGGAGGAGCAGGGAAAGGCAGAGGUGAACCGCUUGAUCGACUCCAGUGAAGACAAUGUGACAGAGCAGACCCACCACAUCAUCAUCCCCAGCUAUGCGUCCUGGUUUGACUACAACUGUAUCCAUGAGAUUGAGAGGCGUGCCCUGCCAGAGUUUUUCAAUGGGAAGAAUAAAUCCAAAACCCCAGAGAUAUUCCUGGCAUAUCGUAACUUCAUGAUCGACACUUACCGGUUGAACCCACAAGAGUACCUCACCAGCACCUCCUGCAGGAGGAACCUCACCGGGGAUGUGUGUGCUGUCAUGAGGGCACACGCCUUCCUGGAGCAGUGGGGUCUGAUCAAUUACCAAGUGGACGCUGACAGCCGUCCUCUGCCAAUGGGGCCCCCGCCCACACCCCACUUCAAUGUGCUGGCAGACACCCCGUCUGGACUGGUACCCCUGCAACACCGCCCCCCCCAGGUCCCGGCCUCCCAGCAGAUGUUGAACUUCCCAGAGAAGGGCAAGGACAAGCCCUCAGACAUGCAGAAUUUUGGGCUCCGCACUGACAUUUACUCCAAGAAAACACUCAACAAGAGCAAAGGAGCCAGUGCAGGGAGGGAGUGGACCGAACAGGAGACCCUGCUCUUACUAGAGGCUCUGGAGAUGUACAAGGACGACUGGAACAAGGUGUCUGAGCACGUCGGAAGCCGCACCCAGGACGAAUGUAUCCUGCACUUCCUGCGGCUGCCCAUUGAGGAUCCCUACCUGGAGAACUCGGACGCUUCCUUGGGGCCACUGGCCUAUCAGCCCGUCCCCUUCAGCCAGUCCGGUAACCCUGUCAUGAGCACUGUGGCUUUCCUGGCCUCCGUAGUGGACCCCCGCGUGGCAGCUGCUGCUGCAAAGGCAGCUCUAGAGGAGUUCUCGCGGGUGCGUGAGGAGGUUCCAGCAGAGCUGGUGGAGGCUCACGUCAAGAAGGUCCAGGAAGCAGCCAAGAGCACUGGCAAAGUUGACCCAGCCUUUGGGCUGGAGAGCAGCGGCAUAGCCGGCACCACCCCCGAGGAGCCAGAGAAGCUAGAUGCCCUAGAGUCUGAGAAGAUGGAGACAGAGACUGAAGGACAGCAGCUAGAGAAGAUGGAGAACAAGGAGGAUGCAGCAGCAGAGAAGCCCAGCGAGCCUGCAGAGAAGCCACAGGAGCGCGUGAAGAGCGAGGCCACAGAGUCGGAGAAGGAGGAGGAAGCACUGGCUGGAGAGGAGAGCAGGACAGAUAAAGACCAGGAGGAGGAAAAGGAGAACAUGGACACCAGUAGGGACAGUGAUUGGGAGUCUGGGAAGAAGGUGGAGCCCGAGGUGGGGGAGGGGAACAUUGCCACUGCCGCAGCAGCAGCUCUGGCCUCCGCAGCAACUAAAGCCAAGCACCUGGCUGCAGUGGAGGAGAGGAAGAUCAAGUCCCUUGUGGCCCUGUUGGUCGAGACCCAGAUGAAGAAGCUGGAGAUCAAGCUGAGACACUUUGAGGAGCUGGAGACCAUUAUGGACCGUGAGAAGGAAGCGCUGGAGCAGCAGAGGCAACAGUUGCUGACAGAGAGACAGGCCUUCCACAUGGAGCAGCUUAAGUAUGCAGAGAUGAAAGCUCGCCAGCAGAUGGAGCAGCAGCAGGCAGCAGCGGCCGCCCAGAACCCAGCUGGGCAGCACCCUGCUUUACCAGGCAUGAUGGGGCACCAGCAGCCCCCCUCCUUCCCUGUGAUGCAUCACCAGAUAGGACCCCACCACCCUGGACAGCAAGGGCCUAUGGGACCAGGCCAGCCCAUGGCAGGGAGAAUAUUGACCAGUGCUCCAGGUGGACCGUCCCACCCUGCGCAGCCCAGCAAUCCCAUGAUGAUGGGACCCCGGCACCCAGGAGCACAGAAUGGCAUGUACCCCACCCCACCAGUGCAGCCUGAAGGGUUAGCCCCAACCUCUGCAGGUCCUCCGACCGCCUCAACCAGAGUGGCUGAGAACUAGUAUAUGAACCAACCAAAUAACCCUCGCCCCCACCCCCUAGUCCUGAUACAUUCACUUCAGCUCAGACUGUUGCAGGACAGACAUCUCGUAGCAGGCAACCUCCCAGAGCAGCCCAUAGUCCUUUCCAAAACAAAAGGGAAGGCAAUUGGAAAUAAAAUAUGUUACACGAGUGGAGUUUUAUCCUUAAUCUUGUCCUAUCAAUUCUAAGGACACAUAAAUUUAAUAAUUGGGAUUGCCUAGCUAUUGUCUGCUCUAACAUUGGCAUGUGUUUUUGUAAUUGACCAAAUCAACAGGAUUUCCUCUUUAUAACCUCCCACAGUUCUAGGGGAGAGCCUGGGUAUUUGAACACUCUCCUCUUUGAAGAACUACCUCUUACUCCCCACAUAUCUGGGUCUGUUUAGAAUAUGUAUUCUGCUUUUAAGGCUCAGUCUGUAAUCAGUGAACCUUGAUCUGUAUUUGUUUUAUAUAAAGAGAGCGAUGAGUAGGAGCUGGCUUAAUUUACACAUAAUGGGGGAGGAGGGGGGCCGCUGUUUUUUUUAAACAGUUUAGCAAUAGAUAUUGUUGCUGCUGUUCUUGACCAAGGGCUGUAUCAUUUCCAAGGUCUACAGUUUAAUUGAAUCUGUCACACACACACACACACACACACACGCACACACACACUACGGAGGGAUCGCACCUUUAUAGAUUACCACAUUUUGAGAAGCCACAUCAAAUGAGUAUCUCUACUGAAAGGGACUAGAUGAUCAAAGUUCCCCUAGCCCUCCUUUUGGGAUGGGAAGGCUUGUGCACAAACAGUUAAGUUUUCCUUGUACUCUAGCUCUUUACUGGUGUAGACAGAACCCCCCCCCCCCCACCUUACUACCACCAAUUAAAGGUUCAGGAAAACCAAAAAAAAUUAUGUGAAAUCAAGCUUAUGUUUCAAGUAGAAGUGUUUUGUAAAUGUCUUUGUGCUUCAAUUUAAAAUAGCUACUUUAGAUCUUUUUCAAAACUUCUCAUCAAAACAUUUGUUUCUACUUUCUCUUUUUUAGUACUACAUUAGGGCAUAGCUUAUUGUCAGAUGCAUUUGUUUGCUGCUGGUCAAUAUAAGUGAGAUAUGGCGCGGAUGAAGUUGUAGGGUUCGGCCAAAGCCUUUAUUGUGUGUUCAGGUUUGAAUCCCACCUCCCUGGCCAUACAGUAUUCCUGUCUGGGCCAAAAAAAAAAAGGUUAAACUUAAGGUUCUAACUAAUCCAAUUUGAUGCAGCUCUCAGUACAGAUCACAGUUGCUGCAUGGAUCAGGGGUGGUUUAGGGGAGAUUUUUCCCAUUGUGAAAGGUGACUUAGCAAAGAACUUCUGACGCAUUCAAACCAUAUGUGUUGAUUUUUGUUUUGUUUGAUCUUUUCCUUGGAAUAGUCUCGUAUCACAGACUUUGCUAGUGUGAAUGUUCUCAUUCAUUUUGAAUUCCUGUGAACAGGUAGCUGUGUGUCUCCUGCUGUGAUGCCAGCAUAUCACCUUGCCUUCCAGGGUAUGUUGGUACAGGGGAAAUGAACUGAACGGCGUUGCUCAAUACAUUUUGUAUUUUUGUUUUAUUUUUUAAAUAACUUUGUGUAGACUCACUUUUGGUGUUCAUGCAGUUUGUAUGUUUUUAAUUGGUACUGAGACCUUGACACUGUCAAAUAAAAGUUGUGUUUUGUAUGAAAA